AUGACUAACGAAUCUAGUGGAUCUGGCUCGACAAACACCGCCAACAGCGUUGGUGCCUCCUCGGGCAAGAAGGCUCCGUCGGAAAUGAUUGGCAUCUACUCCGUAGGCAAGGAGAUUGGCAAGGGCUCGUUUGCCAUCGUCUACAAGGGCUACAACUCUAGCAACCACUCGGCGGUGGCAAUCAAGUCGGUCAACAGGUCGAAACUCAAAUCAAAGAAACUUAUAGAAAACUUGGAGAUUGAAAUCCUGAUUUUGAAAACGAUGAAACACCCCCACAUUGUGUGUCUACUAGACUAUAAACAAACAACGGCCCACUUCCACUUGGUGAUGGACUAUUGCUCGAUGGGGGAUUUGUCCUUUUUCAUAAGGCGAAGAAACCAGUUGGUCAAGACCCAUCCUAUAAUCUGCAGCUUGCUAGAACGAUAUCCCUCGCCCGAAGGGUCCCACGGCCUCAAUGAAGUCUUGGUGUUGCAUUUCCUCAGACAAUUGUCCUCGGCAUUGAAGUUUUUGCGAGAUAAAAGCUUGGUGCAUCGAGAUAUCAAGCCGCAAAACUUGUUGCUUUGCCCACCGGCCCAUUCCAAAGACGAGUUUAACUCGAGAUCUUACGAAGGCAUGUGGGAGUUGCCAAUUUUGAAGAUUGCCGAUUUCGGGUUUGCUCGGUUCUUGCCCUCGACUUCGAUGGCUGAAACCUUGUGCGGCAGUCCCUUGUACAUGGCCCCGGAAAUCUUGAGAUAUGAAAAGUACAAUGCCAAGGCCGAUCUUUGGUCGGUAGGUGCGGUGUUGUACGAAAUGACCGUUGGCAAGCCGCCGUUUAAAGCCAAUAACCAUAUUGAAUUGUUGAAAAACAUUGAAAAGGCCAAUGAUAGAAUCAAGUUCCCCUCUGCUGCACAAGUGCCCGACUCCUUGAAGCAAUUGGUGAGAUCGUUGCUCAAGUAUAACCCAACUGAACGGAUAUCGUUUCAAGAGUUUUUCAAUAGCGACUUGGUGACGUGUGACCUUGAAGAUACAAACACUCCCUUGGAGAGGUCUGAAAUCGAUGAAAACUUGUUCAUAAGCGAGUACAUCAGCCCCAUUAAGAAAUCGGAUAGAUCGCGGUUUUUGAACCCGUUACCAGUAUUGACUCUGAAACAAGAAGAAGAAGAAGAACUAGGUGAUGAUGUGCAAGAGCAACAACAAGCAAAUUCAAAUGCAAGGACAGUUGUGGAGGACAAGAGGGACAAGGAGGAUGAUUCAAAACGCCAAGAGGCAACAACAACAGAAGAAAUGGCCAGUACUCUGAGAGACCACCCACGGCAUCAAAGAAGUGCGCAGCAGGAAGAGGUAAUCAAGAAUAUAAUAAACAAGAGCAGCCCCGAUCCUGAAAAGCUAUCCGUUUCAAUCUCAAAUUCGCCCAAUUUGAAAAUCAGAAAAGAAGACGCCUAUUUCGAAAAGGACUAUGUUGUUGUCGAAAAGAGAGCAAUAGAAGUCAAUGCGCUUGCCGACGAGCUUGAGCAUGCUGGAAGCGGCGCCGCCGCCAUGAAUGACCCUCGCUACAGCUUGCCCGGCUCCGCUGCAGACAAAAAUAAACCGCAGUUUAGUCGUCCACCUCGUAGAACCUCGCUGAGUGGCUCGGGGCAAAGGAGGCCAAGUUUCACCGAUCGCAAAAUUUCAAUUUCGAUUUCGCCAACCAAUGCCUUGAGCAAGGCCAUCGGACUUGCAUCGCACAGAUUAUUUGGUGUGAAUCCACCACCACCAACAACUGCAUCUGCACCAUCAGCUGCUACAGGUGCUAGCUACCAGAACACACAAGCGCUUGGCGAGAGGCUGCAGAAUGCAGUCUCCUUCUCGGAGGUGACGGCGAGCCCAAACUUUGCCAACCACGCGUUAUUACAAAAGAUGCACCUCCCCGUGUCGAGCAAAGCUUUGGCCGGUACCGAAUUGACAGAUCAACAGAGCAGCGAGGAGUUGAAUGAUUUCAGUGUCGAGGAUGUGGUCUUGUUCAAGUUGGAAACCAUCGCCACGAAAUCCCACGCGGUGUAUCUUUUCGCCGACGUCAAAUUCAGCCAGCUUAUUCCCAAUCCUCCCUCGUCGGCAGAUGAAUUCAGUGGCGACUUUUUAAACAACACCGAUAAUCUUCCUCCGCGGAUUGUUAAAACCAUUAGUGAAGAAGGGAUGGUGCUAUAUUUCAAGGCUCUCUCGUUACUUGCAAGAGGAAUGGCUGUAGCCAGCGAGUGGUGGUACGAUCAGUUUGGAAACCAAUCAUUGGAAAGUAAACCCCAGUCGAGCUUCAAGCUGUCUCAAAAGAUCAACCAACUAGUUCAGUGGAUCCGCGAAAAGUUCAACGAGUGCUUGGAAAAAGCCGAAUUUGUCAAACUAAGACUACAAGAGGCCAAGUUGGCCAUUGCCGAGUUGGACGGAGGAGCAUUGGAGGCCGAUGACGGCGUGGACACUCCCAAGGUUGUUGCAGAAAAGCUCAUCUUCGACAGGGCUUUGGAGAUGUCGAGAAAUGCCGCUGUGAAUGAAUUGGUCAAGGAGGACUUGAAAGGGUGCGAGUUGGCAUACAGCACUGCCAUUUGGAUGUUGGAGGCCUUGUUGGACGAAAACGAGCCGGACGGAGGAGUUUCCGACUGCAAGUUGGAUGAUGACGACAAACUCAUGGUGGAGAAGUUCAUCGUCAGCAUCGGCAAUAGAUUAUCUGUCUUAAAAAAGAAGCUCGACGUGAUUUGA